CGGUUUCAGGUAACUAGCCAAUACUGCGGGCGCGCACGUUAUCCGCGAGCCUCCCACAAGCUCAACGCCUGCAUGGAACGCUCUCUCGCGCCCCAACAAUAGAGUGCCUCACUAGAUCGGUUUAGUGCCACAUCCACCAAUAUCUACCCAGAGAUUCCCUUUGGAAAAAGGUGCCUGGAUUCUCCUCCGCCGCCGCCGCCUCUUCCAUCAGGAGUACAAACUGAGACAGUACAAUCAUGGAUCCGACCCGGGGAUUUAAAUUCUUGGACACGGUGGCAUGCUCUGCUGCUCUGUAAGGAUGGAAAGACAAUAAGAAGGAUCUUAACAAUCGCAUCAGGUAGCGGUGUUGCAGCAGAAGGAUGCCGCUGGUGAAGCGCACCAUCGAGCCCAGGCACCUGUGCCACACGGUGCUGCCAAGGAAUAUCAAGAAUGAGCUGGAGUGUGUGACUAACAUCUCCUUGGCCAACGUCAUACGCCAGCUCAGCAGCCUCAGUAAAUAUGCAGAGGACCUGUUUGGAGAGCUGUUCAACGAGGCCCACACCUUCUCGUUCCGGGUCAACUCCUUGCAGGAGCGUGUGGACCGCCUCUCCAUCAGUGUCACACAGCUGGACCCCAAAGAAGAGGAAUUGUCUCUUCAGGACAUCACCAUGAGGAAGGCUUUUAGGAGUUCCACGAUUCAGGACCAGCAGCUCUUUGACCGCCAGUCGCUGCCCAUCCCGCUGCAGGAGACCUUCCAGACGUGCGAGCAGCCACCACCCCUCAACAUCCUCACGCCCUACAGGGAUGAUGGGAAGGAGGGUCUGAAGUUCUACACCAAUCCAUCCUACUUUUUUGACCUGUGGAGAGAGAAGAUGCUGCAGGACACAGAGGACAAGAGGAAGGAGAGGCGGAAACAGAAGCUGGAAAUGCCUUAUCUUGUGUGUCCCAAUGGCCUUAUAAGAGGUCUCUCUGAAACCCCUCCUCCCUUCCUCACUCCCCCAGAGUUGCAGGAGCCCCGCAUGUAUGAUCAGGUCUAUAGGUACUUAGACCUUCCAGGGCAGCUGAAGGCGAUAGACCGUCCACAGGAGCCGGAGAAGGUACCGCGGGCGCCUCACGAUCGUAAAAAGGAGUGGCAGAAGCUGGCACUGGGAGCAGAGCUCGCCCAGGACAUUCCUGAAGACAAACACCGAGAGGCCAACGGCUCUGCAGCUUAUCACGACAACAGGGCUCCCAUGUACAUGGAGCAUUUGGACGGGCCCUUCUCGCUGGCGGCGCUGCCCUACAGCCAGAUGAAUGAGCUGCUGAACCGUACCGGGGACAGAAUGUAUUCACGGCCCAACGACCCUCCGCCGCCUCCACCUCCCAUGCACCCAUUGGGAGAGAUCAAGCCACCCUCUGUGAUCAGCUCCAGUUCGGGUUUUUCCGACAGCAGACCCCAGUCUCCAGCCCGGACAGCAGGCCUCAACUCCAACACUCCUCCUCCACCGCCUCCCCCCGUCCCUCCUCCACCUCCCCCCUUACCCGCCACAGGCAUGCGGGGCACCCCUCCUCCUCCAAUUCCUCCCCUACCGAUCCAGCAGCAGCUCCCAGUCAUCCCGCCUGCCCCUGCUCCUCUCCAGAUUGCCCCGGGGGUGCUCCACCCGGCUCCUCCGCCUGUGGCACCUCCCCUCCACUCCUCCUCCCCGGCCAGACUCCAACAGGUCCUGGACAGGGGCCAACCCUUGGGUUCUGGGACCCAGUCGGACGGCACCAUCCUGCCUCCUCCCCCGCCGCCCCCUCCUCUGCCCCUUCCCGGGGCACGGAGCUCCUCGCCCUGUCCAUCUGGCCCGCCUCCUGUGCCGGCCUUCCCCUCAGCAGGAGCCAUGGCCUCUCCGCCGCCCCACGCCAUCCACGAUAUGGGGACCAAGAGGCACCAUCCAACCAAUCUGCCACCCAUCAGCGAUGCACGCAGUGUCUUGUUGGAAGCCAUCAGAAAAGGCAUUCAGCUGCGGAAGGUGGAGGAGCAGCGAGAGCAAGAGGCUAAGCACGAGCGUGUCGGCAACGAUGUGGCCACCAUCCUGUCACGCCGCAUUGCUGUGGAGUACUCCGACUCCGAGGACGAGUCCGAGUUCGAUGAAGGAGACUGGAUGGAGUGAUGACCAUCGGAGGGACAGCAGCAUCAGCUGCAGAGGACAAACAUGUUCAGGUGACCCCCCUCUUCCUCCCUCACAUUCCUCAUCACGCCAUCAGAGAGUCCUUUCCACUCUGGAGAGAAGCGAAACGUCGUUGUUGCCCACUUCUCCUCGGUGGAGCUUUUUUAUUUUGUCAUAUCUCUGUCUCGUUGUAGUGCGGAGGAGAAUCUCCACAUCGUCCUCGUCUGUCUCUCUAGUGUCUCCCAGAGAAGUUCUUGCAUUCAUUCUUUUCUGCACUACCACAUCACCUUGUUUCUGCAGGAUUUCUUGUGAUGAAAUCCCCCAUGUUUACUAUUGUUAUACAUGAAAAUAACUUUUUUGAAGAACCACUUGUUUUUGUUGCUUAAAUGUGCGUUGAUGUAAAAAAAAAAAAAAAAAAAAUAGAAAAGGAAGAAAAAUGAAGGCAUGUUACAUUUAUCCUUAGUUUUCCGGCACCGCUUUGCCACCUGGUGGCUGAAGACGGCAUUGAACAAAUUCCACUUUAUUUUAGCGUCUUUUAUUUACCUUUUUUUGAUGAAACAUUAGCGAUUUUAACGGGCCAAUAGUCACUGAUACUGACGACUACAUGAACAGUCACUCAGUAUGAACACCAGCUGGGUUUCUUUUUUGUUUUCUCUCUUGUUAUCAGGACUUUGUCACUUAGACCGAGCAAAAGAUUGUGUAGGUAUGGUUAUGUGAUCAUUGCUGUAUGGUUGAAAAUGAUGAAGGGCAAGCAUAUGGCUGCUUUGGCUCCGCGUGUGCAUAUCCAUCCACUUACAUCUACCUUUAACCCCAGGGAAACGUAUGCCAAGAGAUUGAUUUUUCUUGUCGGUUGAGGUUCUGAAGAGCCAUGUACGCUCAUGUUGACAUCAGGCAAUGUCAAAGAGAAACACAAAGCCAUUGGGUUUUAGUAUACCGAGCUCCCACCCUUUUCUCAAGUUUGUUACCGUAGAAAUUGACACUGGAAGUGAUUCUGUAGACGUACAUCAGACUUCCUGCCUCUCUUAUUGUCCCUGAGGAAUACUCAGUGUGCAAAGGGAAACUUUUUGAGAAGGUACCCAUGACAAUGAGGGUUUGACCACCACCAGGUACAAACCAUUCAACGCCACUGAAGGCAGCUUUUUUUUCCCUCAGAUCCUCCUUUACCGACUGUGUACCUGCCCGCUAACGAGAAGCCUUACCUCGUUUUCGUCCCACAGCAGCAACCGAUAUUCAAAAGAAUACACUUUGUGUGAUGUUGCCUUUUCAGGCCUGAAAGGGAAGGAUUCAUUCUGCCUUGUUUUGGCUCAUUUCAGAGAAAAUGUCUGCCAUCCUUUUCCGUUUGUUCUUUCUUCUACUUGCCUUAUUGUUCGUACAAAACGUAUCGUUGAGUUGAUGAAUGUAUUGUGCUGUUACUACUUACUUGCCUGCGCUUGUAUGGAUUUGCUGUUUCUAUGUUUGGGGGGAAAAAGGGAUGGAGGGACAGACACCCUGGUUUAAAAAAGAAAAAGAUUAGAUCAAUACUGUAUACCAUGUAACUUAUGUAACUGUUGACUGUAACAGUUUGCUUGAAUUAAUAAAAACCUAAUGUUAUGUUUCAGCCCUAA